UGUAGGUAGUUGAGUUUUUUUUUUGUAAAUAUUUUGAUGUUGGUUCUUGAUAGAUAAUACAAAAAACAUUUUAGUUCUUGGUUUAUCUUAUAUGUCGAUGUAAUAUUUAUAAUCUCAUUUUGAAACAACUAUUCAAAGCAAGUAUGGAAUUUGAAGAUGGAAAUUUAUAUGUAAGAAAUAUUGAAGAUGUUGAAUCCAUAAUAGAUCAUGCAAAAUUGGACAGGCGUAAUUUAACUGAAGUAGCACAAGCAAUAUAUUAUCCUAAAGAAGAAGCGGGUUUAAAUAAUCUAAAAUUACUUGAAUUAGACAGUAAUAUCUUGAAUGAAAUUAAGCAAGGAAACUCACUAUAUUUUAAAGGCGGCUUAAAUGAAAAAGUAGUUUUAUGUACAGAGAAUAAAACUUAUGAAGUAAAAGAAGCUGAAAUAUCAAAUAGUUUAAUGUUAUGUCCAAAUUUAAAAUUCGCACAAGCUACUAGUACUUCGCCCUUGAAAAGUCCAAAAAAUCAAAAUACUUCACAUAACAGUAGCUUGAAUGACAGUGCAGAUGAUGAUAUAAUUUACCCAAGGCAGUUAGAACAUUGUCACGUAUUAAAAAUUUUUCAUGAGUACUUUGAAUGUCGUGAAAUUCAACCUCGAUUUAGAAAAUUAGGCGAUCUCCUGCAAUUAACUAGAUAUUCUGGUCCUGAAAAUGAAUAUUGCAUCGAUAAAAAACUUAAAUUCACUUUUGAACAACUUCUGAACACUAUUCAAUGUAGUAAAAACGAAUUUUUAAUCGGAUUAAAAAAAUAUCGAGCCCUUGAGAUUGAUGGAUAUAUGAGAGUUUUGGAUUAUGAGUAUGAAUAUAGAAUUAUUAAUAUAAUGUUGGGUCUGAUUAAUGAAAACUCCUGGCAAUUAAAUGAAAUAGAUAGGGAAGUUUCUAUAGAAGCAUUACAAGGAAUUGCCCCACAUGAUAUUGUGGAGGGGCUUUUUGAUUUAUAUACAACUUCAAGUGGAAAUAAUGAUGGAAAAUUUCAAUAUAAUCAAGAAAUGGUAGCAAAAAUUAUUGCAAAAAAUAUCUUACAACCAGGUUUAAAAUUCAGAAUUGAUGAAUUUAUGAAUACAUGGCAAGAGGCGGUACCUGAAAAUUUCAAAAUUGAGGAAUCAUAUCUCCGUGGUCUUGGCAUUAUCGACAGAGAUUCGGCUUUGCCAUGUGUGAAAUCAUUAUGCGAAGAUAAUUUAUCAACAAAUCUUCAUGAGCGCUUGAAAACGUUGUUUAAAACAAAGCACCGGUGGACCCUUGACGAGUUGGAGCCAUACAUAGAAUAUUUUUCAACACCAACUUUAUCUGUGUCUUCAAUAUUAGCGAAAUAUGCGCGAUCAGUUACUGUAAAUGGUCAACGUUACUAUGUAGCAAAACAUUUGUAAUAUAAAAUUUUUUAUUUAUAACUGAAUAAAAUAUAGUACGCAAUUCCGGA